CCAAGAUGGCGCUCUCCAUGCUGCAGAGUUUGCUGUGCUGGGCUUAGAUGUGACGGUUUUGGAAAGGAAUAGCGGGGAGAGGAGCAAGUGUAGCCUUUCCAGUCAGGGUGGAGUUUAGGAGGCUUCAUGGGGUCGUUCUUUUAGCACCUCUGAAAUGAAUUUAAAAUGAAUUCCGUCUUUAAUUCUUUCUUUGGAUGUUCUUUCGUCUUUGGCGCUCAAUAGGGGGCUGCUGCUGAGUUUCCCAAAGGAAGGAUUGGGCACCCAGUGGGUGACAUCUCUAGCGCCUAAGGAAGAGCCACCGCUUGAUUCCCUGAAGAAGGUAUUGGGGUCUCUCUUGGGGAUGUCGGUGUGCCAGAGGGAGCUCUUCCUAGGCUUUCCAAGACGACUGCAGGUAUCUCUCUUGGGGGCUUCUCUGAUUCCACAAAGAGGUUUCCUUGCCAUUCCCAAUGGGAUGUUUCUACGCCUCCCGAAGAAGAUCCCACCUGAACGGCUCUCCAGAAACCUGGCCAAAGCAGCUGGUCCAAAAAGCAUCCGGGACAUCAAAGAAGCUGAUGCUGCUUCCCCCAUUUUCCAAUAUGUGGGGGGACAAGCCAAGAGGAAAAACCGAGUCUUUGUGUGGGGCUUUACCUACUCGGGAGCUUUGGGCAUCCCUUCUUUUGUCGUGCCUGAUGCAGGGUAUAAGGUACGGAGGAGAAUCCAGCCCACUCCAUAUCGUCUGGAACUGGAGGAGAAGAUCUCCUCUGCUGCCUGCGGCUACGGAUUUACACUGCUUUCCUCCAGGACCACGGACAUUACCAAAGUCUGGGGGAUGGGACUCAACAAGGACUCUCAGAUUGGAUUUCAUCAGAGCAGGAAGGAUCGCUCACGUGGUUAUGAAUAUGUCUUGGAGCCGAGCCCCAUUCCAUUGCCUCUGGACAAGCCCCAAGAGACCCGAGUUUUGCAAGUGUCGUGUGGCCGAGCACACUCCUUGGUGCUGACAGAUAAUGAAGGAGUCUUCAGCAUGGGCAACAAUGCUUAUGGACAGUGCGGCCGAAAGGUGAUUGAUGGGGAAAUAUACAGUGAAAGUCAGCAAAUUCACAGAUUGCGAGGAUUCAAGGACCGAGUUGUUCAGAUUGUCUGUGGGCAGGACCACAGUCUCUUUCGGACAGAAAAAGGAGACAUCUAUUCCUGCGGUUGGGGAGCCGAUGGCCAAACAGGCCUUGGCCAUUAUGACAGCGUCAGCACUCCGACCAAACUGGGUGGCGAUAUUGCCGGGGUCCCCAUCGUCCAGGUUGCUACUUACGGAGACAGCUGCCUUGCUGUGUCGGCAGACGGGGAGGUUUUCGGCUGGGGGAACUCGGAAUACCUGCAGCUGGCUUCCGUUUCAGAGCUGACACAGGUGAAUGUGCCGAGACACCUACCCUUCAAAGUCGGGAAGGUGAAGGAAGCUGCUUGCGGGGGAACAGUCAACAUUCUCUUAAACGAGGAAGGCCACCUCUUUGUAUGGGGCUAUGGAAUCCUUGGGAAAGGCCCCAAACUGACGGAGGCAGCAUUCCCCGAAAUGAUCCCGCCCUCCCUCUUUGGCCACUCAGACCUCAGCCCGGAUAUUCGUGUGGUCCGGAUCCAUUGUGGACUCAGCCAGUUCGCUGCUAUCACCAAUCGAGGAGAGCUCUUCGUCUGGGGGAAGAACAUCCGGGGCUGCUUGGGGAUUGGCAGGAUGGAAGACCAGUACUUCCCAUGGAGGGUGACAGUGCCAGGCGAGGUUGUUGACGUGGCUUGUGGGGUAGACCACAUGGUUACUCUAGCCAAAUCCCUCAUCUAGCAGUACCUGGACAUUGCCAUGGAUUACCCAACUGGGUGGACCUAGCAGGCCAAAUUCCUCAUGGGAAUGUGCCAGCCCUUUUGUGAUGGGCAUUCUCUUCUUCCUGAAUCCCUGGCAUAUCGGUCUGCGGAAGGCUUACCCCAUCAGUGGCUCCAACAGGUUUGUUGCUGGAGCGUUCCACUGGGGCUUGUGUGAACAUUUGCUGAAAAUGAAGAAACUCCAGCUGGCAGACAGCUUCAGAGACAUUGCCAGUUACCUUUUGAAAAUGAACACUCUCGUUGCAGGAGAAACCGUGGUUACAUUCUCCUCUGCGAAAGGUCACAGAGGCUUCAGAACAAUGUAUUGUCCACGAAGCAAGUUCGUGCCUGCUUGUUUUGCCACGGGGUGUGUGUUUGAAUCAUGAACCGGGAACAGGGUAUGCUGUUCUGAAGAUGCUGGUUGGAGAUGACGGAAUGCUGUGUUGUCUUUUUAAAAAAAAAAUCCUCCCCAAACCAUGGGUCAUUGUUUGGGGCAGCUCUGCCUUGGGCUUCAUAAAAGCACUGGACUGGAAACGAA